CAAAAAUGUAACGGACUCACCGUUCGCCACUUAGCGCUCCCAAUUCCCACAUUCCCUUUCUCUCUCUCUCUUCUCCUUUUUCCCUCCGUUUCAUUUCCAUUCGCUUUCCGAUCCGAUUCGUUCCUUCUUCGAUCUCCAGCUUCAAAAUCCAUCAGCAAUUGAUGUUAUGAAGGAACUAACCGGUUCGUCUAUUUCGGCAUUGAAAGAUUAUCUCUGAUUAUCUUUCUUUUCCGUUUCUAUAAGCUAUGGGAUUAUCUUCCGAUAACAUCCAUGGCCUCAUUCUUGCUGUCUCUUCCAGUAUCUUCAUAGGUAGUAGCUUCAUUAUCAAGAAGAAAGGUCUUAUGAAAGCCGGUGCUUCUGGAACCAGAGCAGGUUCUGGAGGAUAUUCGUAUUUGUAUGAACCUAUGUGGUGGGCUGGGAUGAUAAGUAUGAUUGUUGGAGAAGUUGCUAAUUUCGCUGCCUAUGCUUAUGCUCCUGCAAUUCUCGUAACUCCUUUGGGAGCUUUAAGUAUAAUUUUCAGUGCAGUACUAGCUCAUUUCAUUUUAGAGGAAAGGCUACAUAUAUUCGGCAUGCUCGGAUGUGUUCUGUGUGUGGUGGGAUCAACAACUAUUGUUUUGCAUGCUCCUCAGGAGAGAAAUAUUGAAUCUGUCAAGGAAGUUUGGGUGCUUGCUACGGAGCCAGGUUUUAUAGUAUACUUGGUGAUAGUUUUGGUUCUAGUUGUUGUUCUGAUUGUUCGAUAUGUGCCAAGAUACGGACAAACCCACAUGGUUGUUUACGUCGGAAUUUGCUCUCUCAUGGGUUCUCUAACGGUUAUGAGCGUCAAAGCAGUAGGAAUUGCACUUAAGCUCACAUUUUCAGGGAUGAAUCAGUUUAAGUACUUUGAGACGUGGGUUUUUACCGUCAUUGUGACUGGAGGUAGCAUUUUACAAGUCAACUAUUUAAACAAGGCUCUGGACACCUUUAACACUGCCGUAGUAUCUCCAGUUUACUAUGUGAUGUUCACAUCGCUCACCAUCCUUGCCAGUAUGAUUAUGUUUAAGGACUGGGAUUCACAAAAUGCAUCACAAAUUGCAACAGAACUAUGCGGUUUUGUUACUAUUCUUUCCGGAACUUUUCUCCUACAUAAAACUAGGGAUAUGGGGAGUUCUCCAUCCUCCGAUGUCCCAAUUGUCGUUAGGUCCCCGAAACGGCCUAAUUCAAACACAAAUUCUGACUAACAAACACCCCCAGCAGCGUAGCAAAUUUUAAAAAAAUAAUAAUAAUAACAAAAGAAGAAGACUUGUUUAGAAAAAAAAAAUUGUAAAUUUUCUCUUAUCAUCCAAAGAGGUGGCCAUUGCUGGGGGGAGGACAGAUUUUUGGAUGGAAGAUUCUUAAUUUAUUGUAAGAAAGAAGCAAACCUGGUGGGCACAAUAUUAGCAAAGGCAAAUGGAGUUUGAAGGUUUGUUUGGUUCUCACUUUUCAUCUUUGAGGUACAGAUUCAAUUUUUUAUUUUUUUAUUUUUUUUUACAAAAAGAAAGAAAGAAUCAAAAAAGAAAAAGCCAUACGAUAUACGUUACAGGUUGUGAUAAACAAAGGGAUAAGGUACUGAAUAGAAGUUUACUAUAGCGCUAACAUUUGAAGAUACAUUGUAAAAUUGUAGGGUUUGGGAGAUUUCUAUAUAACCAAUCAAUGUUCUUCUCUUUCUCCAACAUUUAGUCUUGGUUUUUGAUGAUUCAACAAUUGUAAUUGUUUUCGCAGAAAGAUUAAGUUUUGUAUCAAGUCAGUAAUUUGACUGUUGUGCUUGAUACACUACCAAUGAUAUAAACGAGCCUGAUGUUAUAUCUUG